AUGUCAUCCGAUGUUAUAGUGCGUUUAACACCUACUUCAUAUGCUCGACGGGGACGAAUUUAUCCCAGUAGUACUGUUUCGUAUUUUCGUUCUUGUUGGACGUAUAAAUCUUGGGGUGUAGUUGUUGCUGUUGUAGGCUUUAUGUUAAUCUUGUCGGGUUUACACAUUGGCUGGGAUUUUCCUAUUCUUGUCACUCAUGGUCACGUCUAUUUUCCGAUUCUUUUUGCUUUGGCACUCUUUUAUACGAUAUCAAAUUACUUAUUUGCAGCUUUGCACGAUCCUGGUAUUGUGCCGCGACCUAAUGCCGAUGAGAUUCUUCAAACGGAGAAGGAAAAUAAUAUUCAGACUGAUCUAAAUGGAAAUUAUUUUCCUUCAAUUCCUCCACCGCGAACAAUACUCGUUCAAAAUUUCCCUUGUAAAUCAGCAUAUUGUUAUACAUGUCGACUUUAUCGUUCGCCACGCGUCUCGCAUUGUUCAACAUGUAAUGUUUGUGUAAUGAAUUUCGAUCACCAUUGUCCAUGGAUCAAUAAUUGUGUUGGUCAAUUAAACUAUCGUUAUUUUUGUAAUUUCCUUCUUUCCUGCUCUUUACUUUGCCUCGUUGCAUCGGCGGGUUGCGGAGUUGCUGCGUAUCUACGCUGGGAUAAGUACAAAGAUGAUCCCGGAAUGUAUUUUGCUUACAAUGUGCCAAGUUUUUUCAUUGGUUUUCUUGGUGUCAUGCUUUUUCUAACAUUGAUGCCAUUUUGGGUUAUUCAUUGUGGAUUGACCAUGAGUUCGACAACGACUAGAGAGGAUAUCAAAUUUAAAAAACAUGCCAAAGAACAUGGAAUUCCACAAGGUUCGAAGUGGAAAAAUCUAAUUAUGUCAUGGUGCGGUCCUUUGCAACCUUCAAUUAAUUGGAGUGAAUUAUAUGAUAAAGAUCACUAUAGAACGCAAGAAAUAAUGUAUGCACGUGAACGUCCGACAUUGCUGAGUAAUACAUUAGUCGUUCCUACGCAAAAGAUUCGUGAACACAUCCGUGAAUUAGCUGCUAAUGAUUACUAUGGACUCCGGCAGCAAGUCAAAGCAUUUCACCGAACAGAUGAUGACUCGAGACAUCGAUCAUCAUUGAUUCCAGUGGAAACAAUGAAUUAUUUACAAACAUAUACAAUUGAAGUGAAACAAGUUGGAAAUAAUCAAAUUGACGCUCGUUAUUUAUUAAUAGACCCUGUUCUUCGAGAUAAUUUAUUGACAUUUUGGGACACAAUUUGGUCUCGACAUGUUUCAUCAAUUGUCAUGCUAUACGAAUUGACAGAAAAUAACCUUUUUGUCCCCUACUGUCCCGAUGAAAUGAAUUCUUCGUUAAAUGUAAAUGGGGCUUAUCGUAUUGAUUUUGUGGGAAAAAUUAAUCGUCUAGAUUUUGAAACAAUCCAAUUGAAAAUCCACAAGGUCGGCGAAGAUGAAACUCGUCUCGUCGAACACUUUCGAGUCAAAGGUUGGACAGAAACCAGCUUCCAAAUCGAUCCGAUUGCCUUACUACGUCUUCAAUACACCGUCGGUCAAAAGGAUAAAGACGAAGAAGAACGAAAUGAUACUCGUGGAAUCAUUGCAAUUCAUUCCUCAGGAAUCAAUACUCGAGCUAUCGGUUACAUGGCGAUCGAUAUCAAUCGACGAUUACUCAUCUGGUACGGUUUUAUUAAUAUUUUAAAUACAAUCACCCAAUUAAGCGAACAAUUACCGAUCAGUUUAAUGAAUGAACAUAUGUUGAUCCUUAUCUAUACAACGAUUUUGUAUCUUUCAACUUGGACGUAUUCAUCCGAUUUGACAUCUCUACAGGCAAUUGAUCAUCAAAUCAAAAGUUUCCUUUCCAAUCGGUUUCUGAACUUUUAUCACAAUCCUCUAACAGAGCAAUUUCAAAAUUUCAUUUGUAAUAGCGUGAAAGAACUUGAUGCAAUUAUUCCAUCAAAAGAUCCUUGUUUACCACUUAUCAUUGAUCAUAAUCUCGUCUAUCUAAUCGAUAGUUACAUUCACUCGAAUGCGUUCUUUCUGACGACAGCUCGAAAUUCUGAGAGUGUAUUUCAAAUCAUGUCGACAUACAAGAUUCACCAUUGUUUUUUCUUUCAACAAAACAGUCAUCAAAAUAUCGAUUUUAUCGAUAAAUAUCAAUUGAAAUUAGAUAGUAAUUAUCCCGCCAAUGACUUCCGACGUUAUUAUCAAAAUGAACUGGCAGUCUAUCAACGGAGUAAUUCUCUUCGAAACGUUCCGUUGUACAAAUUUUCGCGAUACCUCGCAAGCUUCGAUCAAAAUAAUUAUUUUCCAAUUCUAAUAUGUGUCGAUGAUAUCCGAGACGGUGCUAUUGUUUGUUUAAUCGCAAAUCUAAUGGAACAAUUUAUGAUUGAUCAUUCAAUCGACAUCUAUCAUCAAGCAAGAAAAAUCGCUUAUCGGUGUCCGGCGUUUCAAACUGAGGAUGAAUAUCGAACGAUGUACGAGUGGAUUGGACGAUGGACAUCGAAUGAUCUUAACAAUGAUUGA